GGAGCUCCUCCAGCCCCGCGCUGCGCUUGCCCCGCAGCCGCCGCCCGCGCCCGCACCGGCCCUGCCGCCCCGCGCCCGGGUCACUGAUCCACACAGCCAACAGGACGAAGACAGGUUCUGCCGCGAUGUCCUACAGACGAGAACUUGAGAAAUACCGUGACCUGGAUGAAGAUGAGAUCCUUGGAGCCCUAACAGAGGAGGAGCUCAGGACCCUGGAAAAUGAGCUGGAUGAGCUGGACCCUGAUAAUGCUCUGUUGCCUGCAGGCCUGAGGCAGAAGGAUCAGACCACCAAGGCGCCCACGGGCCCCUUUAAAAGAGAGGAGCUCUUGGACCAUUUGGAAAAGCAAGCAAAAGAGUUUAAGGACCGAGAAGAUCUGGUCCCCUACACGGGGGAGAAACGAGGCAAGGUCUGGGUCCCCAAGCAGAAGCCGAUGGAUCCCGUACUGGAAAGCGUGACGCUAGAGCCCGAGCUGGAGGAGGCCUUGGCAAAUGCUACCGAUGCGGAACUCUGUGACAUUGCAGCCAUCCUGGGCAUGCACACACUCAUGAGUAACCAGCAGUACUACCAGGCCUUGGGCAGCAGCUCCAUUGUCAACAAAGAAGGACUCAACAGUGUGAUUAAACCUACACAGUACAAGCCCGUACCUGAUGAAGAACCAAAUUCAACAGAUGUGGAGGAAACACUAGAGCGGAUCAAGAACAACGACCCUAAGCUUGAAGAGGUCAACCUUAAUAACAUCCGGAACAUCCCCAUCCCCACCCUGAAGGCGUAUGCUGAAGCCCUGAAGGACAACUCACACGUGAAAAAGUUCAGCAUUGUGGGCACGCGCAGUAAUGACCCAGUGGCCUUCGCCCUGGCUGAGAUGCUCAAAGUGAACAAGGUGCUGAAGACACUCAACGUGGAAUCCAACUUCAUUUCUGGAGCCGGCAUCCUGCGCCUGGUGGAGGCCCUGCCCCAUAACACCUCCCUAGUGGAACUUAAGAUUGACAACCAGAGCCAGCCCCUGGGCAACAAAGUAGAAAUGGAGAUUGUGAACAUGUUGGAAAAAAAUGCAACGCUUCUCAAAUUCGGCUACCACUUUACCCAGCAGGGGCCCCGGCUGCGGGCAUCCAAUGCCAUGAUGAAUAAUAAUGACCUUGUGAGGAAGAGGAGAUUGGCUGACCUGACCGGGCCCAUCAUUCCCAGGUGCCGCAGCGGUGUCUAGGGCAUGGAGGUGCAGAGCCUGCCUUUGAACUGGACACGUUCUGCUGCCGGGCUGUGCUCUGCUGUGGAGACCAGAAAGCAACAAUGCCAGCACAGACCCUACCGUGAUUCAGUUCUUUAUGCACUAAGGUUUCUAGUUUAACUAGUUGGUUGUAGUUGAGAAUUUUAUAAAAUAUGAUUAAUGUGAAGUUUUCCUUUAGUCACAGAAGUUCAGUCUAGUUAUUUAAAAAUGAAGAAGCCCUCAAACCGGCAUAGAUCUUAGGUAUCAGGCAUGACGGUGUCAAUGACAUCCCCAGUAGCUCAGUGUUGGUGGCCCUGCUGUGUGGCAUGCUUUAGUUGCCCCCUGGGAUAUGUAAAUUCUUACCUGGCUUGCAAGUACCAUGACAAAUUCUUUAUUACAAAUCUGAUCCUAGCAAACUGAACAGUUACGCAUUCUUUAUUAACUCCCUUUUAAAUUUUAACAAUCUCAGGGUUAAAGUUGUCAAAUUGAUAGUGAAGCAAGAACACAAUUCUCCCUUUUAGACAGGGAGCCCGAGGCCACAAAGAUCUGCCAGGAACUGACUGGAGGGCAUGAGAUUCCUUUUGCUGGGUGUGAAGAAAUGAUGAAAAGGCCAACAGUGCAUCUGUGUCCUGACUAACCUCAGGCAAUGAACCCAACUAGGGGUGUUCUUUACAAACAUCUGGGAUGGUUUUCAAUUCAACAUUGGAGGCGAAAUGUUUUCCCACUGCAUGCCAUCCAUCCCCUAGUGUGAAAGCCUGCAGCCAAGGAUUCAAGAACACCUGGUGUGCUGCACUGUUGGUGAGCCACCUAAUGGAGGCAAUACGGCAGUGGGACACUUUACUGCACAUCAGGGCUACAAUAGCUAGCACAGUCAAGACCAGACUGACUGGCUCACCUCUUAUUAGUCACAUGCCCACUGGGCUCAUGCAAGCAACUUAGACCUCUGAAAGACGAUGGUGAUAAACAUCCAGAUAAUAAACAAUCAGAAAUCACUAGCCAAAUCGCCCGAUAUCCCCCUUUUCAUAUCAUGUGCAUCUCCUGGGAUCCAGCAAGAAGGGGUUAAGCCACAGUUCCCUUGUGCCUUUUGAUACCACAGUGCCAGUUAAUGUGAUUCUGUUGUUGCUUUGGGGAGUUACUUUCAUUAGUGAUUCAGCAAAUCUCACCAAGAACAAGGCCAGAGAACAGAUGAGCAAAGAGCUAAGAGACUUCUCAAGUGCAAAGGGAAAAGUCUCCUACACUGAACUCCGAGGACAUGGAUGGUACAGGGUAACUGGAGGUGGAGGCAGGGCUCCGCCACCACGGAAGAGCAUCUACUGAGGCUGCAAACGGACCCAGGAUGGCAUCAGGCUGCAGGGACGGCCAGUGCCAUUCGGCUUCUCCCUGAACACAACUGCAGCUGUAUUCUGCGUCACUGGAAGUUGCAACAUAACAUUAAAUCUGUUGGUCUA